AUCAUGCGACAUGCGUGAGGCUGAAACUCGUUUUCCUCCAGUUGUAAUCGCUGAUUGUGAUUGUACAAACGCAAAUUCCUUUCAUCCCGUGUAUUCGCUUUAGCAACUUUUUAAAUAUAUCGAGCUACGUGCCGAUUUUUGUAAUAAGUGUUGUGUGAUAAUUUUUUAUAUGAUAUGUCUCAGAAUUUUUUCAAAUCCACGCGCAAAAUAAUUGGUGCUGGUGUUAAUUACAAAGAGGUUCUGCGUAUAACCAACGCCACCAAGCCAGAGAACCCUGUGAUAUUCUUCAAACCUAUAUCAUCUCUUAUCUCGACCGACGAGAACACAAUCAAGGUCCCAAAGGUUUUCGGAGCCAUCAACUACGAAGCCGAACUGGGAGUCGUUAUUGGAAAAAGCUGUAAAGAUGUGACACCAGACCAGGCGCUAAGCUACGUGGCCGGCUAUUGUCUGGCGUUAGAUAUGACUGGAAUGGAUUUUAUUCUUGGAGCACGCCCGAAAGGUCUUCCGUGGUGUCUUGGCAAAGGAUUCGACACCUCGACGCCCGUGAGCAGACUCAUCACCCCCGAAGAAAUCGGUAAUCCAAGCGAUGUGCGCGUGUGGUGUAUGGUAAACGACCAGCUGAAGCAGGAUGACUCCACAAGAAACCUUAUAUUCUCGAUCCCAGAGCUGAUUUCCUAUACCUCUAAAUACAUGACGCUGGAGGAAAACGAUUUGAUACUAACCGGAACGCCAGCCGGUGCUGGUCCGGUGAAACAUGGUGACGUAAUCGAAUGUGGACUAAGUGAUAUCGUGCAAAUGAAAUACCACGUUAAGGACGAGUAAUUCCCAUCUCCAUUGGCGCUUCGUCAAAAUAAGUGCCAUUGUUGCAUUGUUGUUGUUCUGUUAUCUGAUAUUAUGUUUUAAAUUGAUAUAAAUAAAAUGAUAGUCUGGCUACCAAUCACAGUGAAGUAAAGAA